UUAGGGCAGGUUCAGGGCGGGCUCGGGCGCUGGAGCGGGCCCAUGGCGGAGGCGGCGCAGGGCCGGGUGCAGGCCGCGGUGGAGAGCGCGGUGCAGGGGCUGGAGCGGGAGCAGAUCCGCGGCAUGCAGGGCGCCAUGUUCCGCUGCAGCGCGCGGUGCUGCGAGGACGCAGCGGCCUCCAUGCAGGAGGUGCAGCGCUGCAUCGAGCGCUGCCACGCGCCCCUGGCCCGCGCCCAGGCCAUCGUCACCGCCGAGCUCGAGCACUUCCAGGACCGGCUGAGCCGCUGCUCGCUGCAGUGCUCGGACCAGGCCAAGGACGCGCUGGACUCGGGGGGCUCGGAGCCGCGCGUGCGGGGCCAGCUGGACGCCUGCCUGGCCACCUGCGGGGAGCAGCACCUGCGCCUCGUGCCCGCCAUGGCCAAGAAGAUGCGCGAGGGGCUGGCCAACAUCCAGCAGUGA